UAAUUUUUAUACUUUUUAAGGACGAAUAAAACUUCUAAUUGGCUGGGCCGAAAAGAAAGCAUAGCCCGGCCUUUCAGCUAUAGCCCGAAGCCCCAAAAUCCAUUUUCUCCGGCACUAGAUCAAAACGCAGACUAUAAAAUCUUUUCGGAGGAGCGCGGGAGAGUGUUGUUUGUGUUUCUCUCACAACUAAAAUCAAAACCUACAGAAAUGGAGAUUUCGUCAGUUCAAAAUCUUUGUAUACAUUUAAUUUCUGCUGCAUUUCAAAGAUGCCGUGUAUCAGAAGAUCUGUGCAGACUAUCGGUUGGUCUUAAAUGCUGUGCAGCUCACGAUCCUUCAAAUGUUCUAAUCACAAUAUCAGAUACUGGUAUUGGUAGCUGCUUGGAGGAAUUGCAGGACCUAAAAUUCUCUAGGGAGUUUGUUGAAGCCAAAAAGUGGGAUGGAGUGCUUUCAGUCAAAACAACUAAUAUAUGUGAUGAUGAGAUACAUCAUUAUCAUUUAAACCUAAAAGAAAGCAUUUCUACUAGAAGGCUGAUUCGGCUUCCUUCAAAUCCCAAGAACGGUGUGAAAUUCAGUGGGACUGAAGUAUAUCUGUCCAGUUCCGAAUGCAUUGAUGUUUUACUGGCAGAGUUCAUUUGCUUCUUUCAAAAGAUACUCAUUCUGAAGAUUCCUAAUGUUGCAGUUGAACUGGUACUCAAACAAGAGGAUGUUCCUGGAUCACAACAUGAAAAUAUUCUUUUAGUGAGUGAGUGCAAUCCGCUAUCUCUUUCAACCUCAUUUGUUGAUAGAUUGAAGUCAGGCUUUAAAGACUAUGUUUUAAAGAGUGGAAAUAGUUUGCAGAGGAAAUGUGAAUCUUGCCUUCCAAGUUGGGAACAGCAGAAGGUUGGAGGUGGAGUAGCAUGCUGCUCAGAAAGUCAUAAGAGUCCUGGCCUCGUGAUGGAAGUAGUAAUUAUAAUUAGUGAAUUAUCUGGGGCAAGAUGUCCUUGCUUCAGGGCAUGCAGUGCUAAAACUGAGGUUUUGUAUUUUAACGAUUUCUCACCCUGUUCGAUAAACCAAUCCUCUCUUAAUGUGUUGACUACUAUUGACUGGAAAAGUUAUGGGUUGGUGUUGGGAAGGGUUGUGGAUCAAGGAGGCAAUGUGAUGCUAGAAUGGGAAAACCUACCUCCUCGUAGUCAUAUUGAUAUGGUCAUCCAUUGCUACCAUAAGCAAUUGCUGCAGUUUAGCCAAAAGACUCAACCUGAUGGGAAACUCCUAAAAAAGGCUAUUAAACUUGCUUUGGAAGAUUUGAAGGAGAAAAAUGCAGGAAUGCUUCUAAGUGCACAUACCCUUAAGAUACGCAGUUAUGCCCCUGACCUCGCAAGAACCAUUGCUGGCCUCAUCUUGACAUCUAAUGACACAGAAUUUCAAGAAGAAUGCUUCUCUCUUCUUGGCUUGCCGUACCAAGAUAAUGAAGGUGAACUUCUUGAAGAGUGUAUUAAGGAAAAGAUCAUUUCAGUCAUAGAAAUGAAUGAUAGGAAGCCAGAGAGAAGGAAAGAGAUUGCACAUUAUCUUUUUGAAGAUGACUGCCUCCAGGAACCGAGCUUUGACGAUGAUGGAUAUGAUAAAGGUGAGCAUCUGUUUAGCUCCUUGGAUUACUAAAUAAAAAUAAAGAUCUAAACUAGAUUUUCUUGCUUUCUUUUUGGUUAUUGCGUUCUCUUAUUGUAAAGUUGAAAAGAGUUUGUUACAUAGAUAAAUGGGGGGUGAGUGGUGUUAUAUA